AUGUUUGCUCUAGCUGUAGAAAAGAGGGAGGCAGGGGACUACAGCAAGUUAAGGCAGCCUACAAGUCAGCAAUACUCAGGUAUAAGCGACUACUGUGAAAACAGCCCAGACAGAAUGAUGAUGAUUGCCCGAAAUUACGAUCUCUCUCUGCCAGUAACUAAGUCCCUUAUACAAACUGCAACAAAAUUCCGUCGCCAGUUAUCUAUACGGGAAUCCUUAGGGCCAGACUUGCAGAAAAGAAAGGUGACGUACAAAAUAUGUAUCCAGUCGGCACUGAGGGAGAAAUGGCAAGGGAAGGCCCUGCAUGGACAAUAUGUUACCCGAAUACUUCAAAACCAUAACCUCAGCAAAGAAGACACAGUGAGAUGGCUCACAAGGGCAAACUUACCUGAAACGCCUGAUGAAUGA